AUGAACGAUGUGCUUUGCUCUGCAAUUUCUAUCAGGGAACGGGGGAGAUUUGAAGCGCAGAGGUUGCGUUUCCGUCUCUGUGAGAAAAGACGGAAAGCUCAAAAACCCUCUCCUCCGAUCCUCGUCGUCUCCGUCUCCAAGAUCAAGAUCGGUUCCAGGCUUCAAUCAGUGGUUGUGACUUGCGAUUCUGGCGGCGAUCUCUUCAGGUAUAAUAUAUUUUCUCCAAUGGAUACUUCAUCUCCAAUUUCCAUGACUAAUCCACAAGAAGAUUGCUCUCCCAAUACCACUACCAAUGCCACCACCAAUACAACAACAACAACAUCAAAUACGAUAGAGCAAAGAGAGGAUGAUUGUGCAAUUCAAAGGAAGAAGAGGGCAAAGACAUCAACAAUGUGGGCUGAAUUUAAAAAUGUUGUUAGUGAUGGGUCAAAGAAGGCGGAGUGUGUUCAUUACAAGACUAAGCUUUCAAUACUUGCAAGUGGUUGUACAACUCAUCUUUCAAGGUAUUUGAAGAGUUGUUUGAUGAAAAAGAGGCAUAUGAAUAAUCAGCAAACAAUUAACUUCCAAGCAGUAGACAAGGGUUGUUAUAACACAAUCAUGUCAUCGGCAAUUAUGGAUGGAAAAUUGGACAUGAUGAAAAUGAGAGAAUCUGUUGCACAUUGGAUUCUUAUGCAUGAGCAUCCAUUUUCUGUCGUGGAGGAUGAAGGUCUUAACAUGAUGCAACAAAUGGGAAUGCCACAAUGGGAGAAGUUUUCUCGUGUCACAAGCAAGAAAGAUGGCAUGUUGGUGUAUGAAAAUGAGAAAAAGAAAUUAUUUUCAUUGUUGAAGAAUGUUAAUAAGAUCAGUUUAACAACAGAUAUGUGGUUGUCAUCACCUCAAAAAAUGGAGUACAUGGUUUUGACUGGACACUUUAUUGACAAUAAUUGGAAGUUACAAAAACGUGUUUUGAAUUUUGUCCAUCUUCCUCCUCCUCUCCGUGGUAUUGAUAUUGCUGAUAGUAUUUACAAAUGUUGCAAGGAAUGGGGAAUUGAGAACAAGGUCUACACUAUAUCAGUUGACAAUGCUACUAAGAAUGAUGUUGAAAUUAGAAAUUUGAAAGAUACCUUUUCAAGACACAAGAAGUUGCUUUGUGGGGGAAAAAUAUUUCAUGUUCGUUGCACAGCUCACAUCUUGAAUAUUAUGGUUCAGUAUGGCCUUGAAAAAACUGAGAGGAUCAUCAAAGACAUCCGUGAUAGUGUGAUCCACAUCAAACAUUCUGAGAAAAGGUUAAUCAUGUUUGCAGAGAUUGCACAACAAUUGCAAUUGCAUCAUAAAAAACUUGUGAUUGAUUGCAAAACAAGGUGGAAUUCGACCUAUGAUAUGUUAUUUACAGCACUACAAUUUAAAGAAGUAUUUCCAAAAUCAAGGAUCGUGAUUCCAUAUUUGAAUGUUGUCCAAAGCAAUGAGGAUUGGGAAAAGGCAGCAAAAGUUUGUGAAAUUCUUGAAGUUUUCAGUUCGAUUACCAAUAUUAUUUCUGGAAGUGAGUAUCCCACCUCAAACUUGUUUUUGAAUGAGGUUUAUCGUGUGAAAGUGUUGUUGGAUAGAAAAUAUCAAGAAAUCAUUGAUAAAGAUUACUUCAUUUUUGACAUGGUUACAAACAUGAAAAUUAUGUUUAACAAAUAUUGGGGUGAAUGCAAUUUGUUGAUGGCGAUCGGUGCUAUUUUAGAUCCAAGAUGCAAAAUGAGAGUUAUUGAAUUUUGCUUUCCUAAAAUGUAUACUCCACAUGAAGCACAUGCUUACAUUCUUGAUGUGAAGAAUUGCUUGUAUGAGCUUUAUAGUGAGUAUGUUGCUGAAUUUCAAUCCAAUGAUUGUGAAAACAGUGCUGAAAAUUUAACAAUUAUUGGGCCUAGUUGUGCAACUACUAUCAAUGGCCAAAAUUCUACCUCGGGAUGGUUUGAAUUUUCAGAGUUUGUGAAAACUGUUGAAACUAUUUCCCCACAAAAAUCAUAUUUAGAUAUUUAUCUUGAAGAGAGGUGUUAUAUCUAUGAAGGAGGUUCAAGUAAAUUUGAUGUUUUGGAGUGGUGGAAACCAAAUACUUUGAAAUAUUGUAUUUUGUCUAAGAUGGUCAGGGAUGUUCUUGCAAUACCCAUCACGACUGUAGCUUCCGAAGUCAUAUUUAGCGCUGGUGGAAGAAUUAUCAACUCAUAUCGUGCUUCAUUAGCUCCUAAAACUGUGCAAACUUUAAUAUGUGGAGGUGAUUGGUUGCGCUGUCUUUUUGGCAUUAAGAAAAAGAGCAAGAAAGAGAAUAAAGCUGAAGAAGUUGUUCUUCUUAUCAAUGUCAAUGAGUGUUAA